AUGACGAUGGUGCUUUUAAGAAUUACUUGGGCAAAUCUAAGGAGGGGCACGACGGGCUGUGGAGGAGUUUGGAGGAAUGGGAGCGUUAGGGGUGCAGGCACUGCCACUACCGGACAGACUGGACCAGCCAACGUCCGGGAGCUAUAUAGGCGGAGGAACGCUAGCGGAUUAUACUAUACUAUAAGUCCCGCUCUACCGCGCCAUUUGUCAAAGGACCGGCUUCGGCGGCACCCCCAUCACCGACCAGACCCGCUUCACGCCCGAGAAGCUCGUCCCCGUGACCGGCGCCCGCCGCCUACGCAUCACUGGAAGUUCACCCCACAGCAGCGUGAGGUGCGCGUGUUGCCGGGCGAGACCGCGCUGGCCUUUUACAAGGCGAAGAAUUGCUCCAAGGAGGACAUAAUUGGGGUUGCGACUUAUAGCGUCACGCCGGGGCAGGUUGCGCAGUAUUUUUCCAAGAUUCAGUGUUUUUGCUUUGAAGAGCAGAAAUUGAGCGCGGGUGAAGAGGUGGAUAUGCCUGUGUUCUUCUUUAUUGAUCCGGACUUUCUGGACGAUCCGCAGAUGAGGGGGAUUGACACUGUUACGCUCUCCUAUACCUUCUUUAAGGCAAAAUACGAUAGCAAAGGCAAUUUAAGACCAACAGCUUAGAUUUACUAUAUCUUGUUUUGUGGAUAGGGUUUGCUGGUAACAACUGGGGAGAAGUCUGGGGGAUGGGGCGGGGAUCUGUUAUGAUAGAAGCAACUCCUACUCGGGUUUGCUAUUAGGCACUUUACCAGAUGAGUUGUGGAGCGAGUGAUAAAUCGUGACACUUCUACUCAAAUCGCCAUUGGGCCGUGGUGUUUUUGGGCUUGGUUGCGUUUGCGAUUCAUCUGAGCUCGACCCAAGAUUUUUGGAACCCAAUCAAGUCUCUCACGGUAAUACUUGAUGCCGCAAUUCAGGCAGGAUCGUAAGUGGCAACUGGUGGCGAAUUAAUGCA